GACACUUUGACCCCUAAUAAUAUUUUUUUUUUAUUUGCCUGGUUAAGUGAAAAAUUUGCAUGUUAUAUGUCAAUGUGCAGUGUUUAUUGUUAGCUUUUAUAGUUUUUGUUGAAUAUUGACAGAUAUUCUGGCUCAAAUAUUUAACAUUAUUUUAGUGUUUUAAAAGGAACAGACAUCAGAAAAUAAUACAGUUUUAAUCACAUUAUUUGAAGAUUUUGACAUCAAACGACACAUCAAAGAAUAUGUAAAAAAGCGAUAAUGAUAUAAUGGUAAGUAUAAAUGCUGUAUUAAAAUAUAGAAUGACUUUGAAUCAAAGAAAUCAUUGAUUUCAAUUUUAUGUAAGUGGGCUAAUUUGCAAGUAAUUAUAAGAUAAUCCCAUUGAUCAAUUCUUUCUUAAUUGUUGGUGUCCCUUAAUUUGCUAAUUGAAUAUUAUAUAUCAUUAUGAUUAAUUAAAUCACUUUGAUGUUUGAUAUCGUAAAAUUAACUUUCUUAUGUAAGAAGUUAUUUCAUUGGUUUUUUAUUGUUUCUCAGAAUAUAACUCAAUUGUUAAAAAGGUUUCAAUUGGUCCCAUAGAAAAACUGAGUAACUAAGUUUUAUGAUAAAUUGCAAAAUUUUACUAAAUAUGUUAUUCUUACAACUUUGUAUGUUAUUGGAAUAUAUUAUCUGUGAGUGUGAUUAUUGUGAUUUAUAAUAUUGUGAUAAUGUCGGACAGUGACAGUGACUCUGAUUUGUGUGUUAGUUGUAGUGUAGAAGUAACAGAGAAUCAGGAUGGUAUUUCCUGUGAUGAGUGUGAAAGAUGGACUCAUAGGACAUGUCAGUCAGAAAUCUCCAGAGUUCAGUACCGCAGAGCAAAUCGACUUGGUCAGGAGCUAGCGUUUACUUGUCACCUAUGUAAGCAGAAUAGCAGCGACGCCACUCCACCGGGGGCCUUCAACCUGAGUCUGAGUAUGGGUACUUCUGCAGACUUUUCUGCUGAACCAGUCGCCGACAGUACCACCAACGAAUCGGUUGAUGAAGAACCGUUUGACAUCACUCGUGGAGAUGCCCAAACAUCACUUCACAUACAGAACCGUGAGUGAUUAUUACAGUUUAUGUAUAAUUUACAUUAUAUCUGAAUAGUUAAAUAACUGAAGACUUUAUUGAAUCAGGCAUCCGUUAAGAAUAUUCUUUCAACUUUUUAAUGCCAGUGACAUAAAGGAACAAAUUCAAAUGGCAUCACCAAAAGUCAAAGGUAAGAACACUAAAGAGAGAUAUUUUCUC